GUAAUGAUUCACCCUAUUCAACAAUAAAAUCGAUAAGUUACAACAAACAUUUACUGACACAUUGCUUUCGCGAUAUACUCGAACACAUAAUACUGAAAUUGAAGCAGUUGUUAUGUUCAAAAUAAAUCUAUUAACGAUUGUGAACUUAAUCUGUGUUCAUUCUUGUACUGAUCACUACUGGAGAGAUUAUGAUGGUAGGAUACCCCAUGAUGCAAUAAAAGCUGGAUAUAACAAUAAUACCAAUUGUCCGUUAUACAUUGGACAAGCUUAUGUUCAUCACUAUGGUUUACUUUUGGGAACAAUCACUCCAGGUUCUAUGGAAAUUCACAUUCCAUGCUAUGGAGUGGUGAACACAAAAGUUAUUAUCAAGAUUCUCUGCUCUCCAGAUCCGUCAAAUUACAUUUGGUUACCAACAACUGCUGCCACUUUCAAAGAUGAUGUGGAAGGAGAAAUUCCGAUACUAGGAGGAUAUGACAGAAAGAACUGGGAAACAACUGGUUCUGAGGGCACUUUGAACAUCGGAAGGAUCAUGAAGGAUGGUCGCCCAAUCAUCAGUAAUAUAGGAGCCUACAGUAACUCCGACGUUUGGUUUUACUAUCCUUUUAAAGGGAAAGAACUGAGAGCGUCGCAGUAUGAAGUAAUGGUGUUUCGAGGUAUUUCCACAAAGUUGAAUGAAUUCCAAUUGGGGUGUUGAAAAUGGAGACUAGUUAUUCAAUUCAAAUGUUAUUGUUUGAUAUUCAUUUAUUUCAAUUUUAUAACCAACUUUCUCUCAAGAAUAUGAAACCAUGUUAAUUGUUUCAUUUAAUUCAUCUCUCUUCUGGAAACAUCCUGAAACUUAUUGAACAGUUGUAUAUGAAUGAAAUAAAAAAAAUCAUUGGACCAUUGAA